AUGGCGUUCCGUAUCGGUGGCGGGAAAGAUCCUGUGGCGCCAUAUUAUGAUACUGAACGCAUCAUAGAAAUAGCCAUGAAGAACAAUGUUGAUGCAAUCCACCCUGGCCACGGUUUCUUGGCGAAAAGUCCACGGUUUGCUCAGCAAGUUGUUUCCGCUGGAAUGAAGUACAUCGGACCGACAGCAGGUGUGAUCGCACAAAUGCGCGACAACUUGCAAGCUCGUCAGUGCGCCAUAAAGGCGAAACUGAAGGUAAUUCCGGGCUCUCCAAGCUCUAUAACAAACCCAGAAGAAGCGGUGAAAGUUGCACAGCAGUUCGGAACUCCGAUUAUUCUAAAACCUGCUCAUGGAUCAGGCGGACAAACCAUACGAUACGUACACAAUAUCCAGCAGAUUGCGGAGGCUUUCGAGUCGAUGUCCAACACGGCUAAGAACUUGUUUGGGGACGGUUCGGUUAUGGUCGAGAAAUACAUCGAUCAGCCCAGGUCUUCAUUUUAA